ACUUGCAGCAUCUGCAACGAGCGAUCCACAGAGACAGAGAGAGAGACCAAUAAUGGCAGACGACAAGGAGAAUGCGGCUCUGGCGGAAACGAAGAAGAACAACUACAGAGGCUGGAAAGCCAUGCCUUACGUGAUAGGAAACGAGACGUUUGAGAAGCUGGGAACGAUCGGAACGUCGGCGAACCUGCUGGUGUACCUCACCACCGUCUUCCACAUGAACAGCAUCGCGGCGGCCACCCUCGUCACCGUCUUCACGGGCACCACCAAUCUUUCGCCGCUCCUCGGGGCCUUCCUCUCCGACACCUACUUCGGCCGCUACGUUACCUUGGGAUUCGCCUCCGUCUCUUCUUUCACUGGCAUGCUCAUUCUGACGCUCACCGCCGCUGUCUCCGAGCUGCACCCUGCUCGCUGUCAUGGAGGCGGCGAGGUCUGCGAAGGGCCGACGGCGGGCCAGCUAGCGGUUCUCUUGGCGAGCUUUCUGUUCUUGGUGGUGGGCGCCGGCGGUAUCCGGCCCUGCAACCUGGCCUUCGGCGCCGACCAGUUCGACCCCGGGACGGACGCUGGUCGGCGCGGCAUCAACAGCUUCUUCAACUGGUACUACUUCACCUUCACCACAGCCAUGAUGAUCUCCUCCACCGUCAUCAUCUACGUGCAGAGCAACGUGAGCUGGGCGCUUGGCCUCGCCAUCCCCACUCUGCUCAUGGCCUUCUCCUGCGCCUGCUUCUUCCUCGGCUCCCGCAUCUACGUCAAGAUCCUCCCCGAGGGCAGCCCCCUCACCAGCAUCGCCCAGGUCCUCGUCGCCGCCUUCAGGAAGCGGGCCCUGCCGCUGCCUGCGGCGACGGAUGCCCUGUACGACCCUCCACAUCUCAGCUCCCUCGUCGCCAAGCUCCCUCACACCGAUCAAUUCCGAUUUCUCGACAAAGCUGCGAUCUUAACGCCGUCGGACGCGAUUCACCAAAAUCUCCCCGCCGCAAACGGGUGGCGACUCUGCAGUGUGCAGCAGGUCGAACAGGUGAAGUGCAUCGUGAGGAUCAUUCCGGUUUGGUCGACCAUCAUCGUCUUCGAGAUCGCCCUAGUGCAGCAAAGUACCUACACAGUGUUCCAAGCCCUGCAAUCAGACCGCCGCCUGAACGGCACCAACUUCCAAAUCCCCGCCGCUACCUUUUCCGUUUUCACCAUGGCCACCAUCACCAUCUGGAUCCCCAUCUACGACCGCCUCGUCGUCCCCUGGCUCCGGCGGCUCACGGGCAAAGAGGGCGGCAUCACAUUACUGCAGAGGAUGGGGAUCGGGUUCCCCCUAGCGACCGCGGCUAUGGUGGUCGCCGGCCUGGUGGAAGAGCGGAGACGCAGCUCAGCCUCGCACAUGUCGAGCUUCUGGUUAAUCCCCCAGCUGGUGCUCAUGGGGCUGGGAGAGGCGAUGGCGCUGAUCGGCCAAGUGGAGUUCUGCUACAAGCAGUUUCCGGAGAACAUGAGGAGCCUCGCCGGCGGCACGCUCUUCCUGGGCCUCGCCUGCUCGAAUUACCUCAGCAGCUUGCUCAUUACCGUCAUCCAUCGAACGACUGGUGGGCGUGGAAGAGCGAACUGGUUGGCCGGAGAUCUUGAUCAGGGGAGGCUGGAUUUGUUCUAUUACUUGAUCGCCGGUAUGGGAGCACUCAACUUCGUGUUCUUCGUGGUCUGCGCGAGGUGGUACAGGUACAAGAGCUCGGAGAAGGAACAGGAGUUGGCCACGCAAAGAGCAGUACAAGACACCAAAAGCUGUGUUUGAUCCUUCACCUCCAAAAAUACCAAUAUAUAGAAUCUCUAUAUACAUGUAAUACAGUUGGAUUGUUGUGGGCCGUAAUGGGCCAUGACCAUGUCGCUACCAUGAUCUUAGAUAAUAUCUAAUCAUCCAGUGGACAACAUAUUUGUUUC